AAAGGGCACACACAAAUUUGAAAUGCGAUGAAUUCGAUGAUUUCGUGCAAUGUGACAGCACGGCCGGCACGCACACCAGCGCCCGCACGCUCCGCCAUUUUGUUUUUUCGUGUCGCAUCGCUGGAAAAUUUGCCGCGGGACGUGCAGGGACGCGUUGUCAAAGGCAAAUCGAAAGUGUUGGUGUGCUUCUUGAGCGCGCGUAGUUCGCUGGUGGUCAUCGGGAAGGAAGCGAGCGCUUUGUUGAUUCCGUGUUUGACAGCUGAACAACAGCAUCAUUUUUCUCAAAAAUUAUCAACACUGCGGUGCUAAAGGAUCGCGUACAAAUCUCGGCCGUUGAAAUUUCCACCACGCGAACGGUCGCGGCGUAGCGAGUCGUUACAGGUUUUUCAUCGGUUGCUACAUCAGUGAACCCGUUUCUAUCCAUCGCAGUUGCCGAGCUCGGUGUAUGUGUACACUCGUGCGUGUACCGAAGGAAAAUCGCGGGUCUCGAAAACAUUCAUCGCAGCAACGCUAGCCCAGCGAGACGACGAAGCGCGUGCAUAAAGAACGCUUCCGAAGGAGGCAUACGUCGAGGGAUUCCUGAUUCAUCACCUACGAUAGCAGCGGCAGCAGCAGCGAGAAAGCGAAAGAAGCCUGUCUUCGCGGUGUCGUUGCCGUUGACCGAUAGUGCACAGUGGCGACCAGCUCGGUCGCGUUCUUCAGUUACCCAGACCGCGAAAAACCGUCAAAAUUGAGGAGGUGGAGGAAAUCGUCGAGACGGAGGAGGUCAUCCUCAGUCCCGACGAGCUGCACGAGCAUGAGGAGUUCGAGAUUACGACGGUCCCGAUGGAUGGGACGAUGGUGCUAACUACGGCGGGCGGUACGGGAUCCACGAAGCGGGACAUUCGGGAUCUCGCGAGGGAGGCACGUUUUCAAGCGAAACUUUUAAUGCAGGAGAAUGAAGCUCAAGAAUUUCACUUCAAAACGCAUGUCUCGAGCGCUGACGAUUCGGAUGGCUCGGAUCAGGAGCACACGUUGGGCGAUUUGAACUACAGCAACGAGCAGGAGAUCAAUGAUAGCUUCACCCUCAGCGGCCAAGGGUCGAGCCGCAAACGACGGGGAAAUCUUCCGAAGCAAUCAGUUAAAAUUUUGAAAAGGUGGCUGUACGAUCAUCGCUUUAAUGCGUAUCCUACUGAUGCGGAGAAGAUCACAUUGUCGCAAGAAGCAAAUCUCACCGUGCUGCAGGUUUGUAAUUGGUUCAUCAACGCUCGGCGGCGAAUUUUACCGGAAAUGAUCCGACGGGAGGGACACGAUCCUUUGCACUACACUAUCUCGCGCCGUGGCAAGAAGAUAGCCGGUCCUAUGGGCUCGCAAGGGCUCUCAGAGUCGCUGUCCAUGAGUCCAACGGCUGAUAUGAUGGUGGGAGCCACCGAAGAGAUCAUCGAAGAGGAGGAGGUGAUUGAAGAUGGUGUGCCGCACAUUAUCACCAAUUUGGGCCACCAGUACGUGCAAACACCGUCCGGGUUGGUGAAGGUGGAGGAAGAUAUCGAUUACGAGGAUAACAUCAUUUACCGAUCCGAUGAUAGCAAUAUUGAAUACGAGUUAACGCAAAGCGAAGAAGAAAUACAAGCAACAGAAUCGACCGAAUGGGGAAGCAUGAUUCGUUAUACGAACGAAAAGGGCGAGGAAAUUCACGAAGAAAUUACGGAGGAGGAAGUGAUUGACAGUCCCCUUAAUGAGUACUUUACGACAACAGACACCAACAUUGAUCAUAUAACUACAAUUACGACGACCAACUCUACAGCCCCUCGAACAACUGUGACGGUUCCCACAGCUAAGAUCAUUUCAACAACUCCAGUUCCCGUAGGGAUGCAGCGAGUGCAGUUGAUUAGCUCGGGCGGCAAUGUCCGGCAAUCGGCCUCAAGUACACCAACAAUCACUAAUGUGAUCAGCACGGGGCACAUCGUCGGUCAAGCUGGUGCAGGCGGUACGGCGACGCUUGGCACAGUGAAGCUAGGUACACUUAACGCGGGUACCGUGCUGCAGACGACGGCCUUCAAGGGUAACACUCCAAAAAAACUGACCGUGAUGACAAGCUCCGGCAAGGCGACGACUGUAACGGCAACACCAUACAUCGAUGGAAAUGGCAAGACGAUAACAGCUACACUGGUACCGAGUGGUGGCGUGACGCUGAACGCGACGAACGCUAACAUAAACGUCAAUAACAACAGUAGCAUUAACAACAACAAUUCACAAAGCACCAACUCACACACGACGACGGCGGUGAAAGUUAAAGGCGUUAUUCGGGACGACAAGGAUCAGUUCAAGUGUCUCUAUCUGUUGGUUGAAACUGCCGUUGCCGUUCGCCAACGGGAAAAGGAACAAGAUGAUGUGCAAGUGCUGGGCAACUGAAAAGUGGAUACCUGAGAAGCAGCAGCAGCAGCCAACACCAGACUAGAGCACGAAUUUGCCCUAUUGAGAAGAUACCGUUGGUGUGUUGAUAUCUUCCAUCACGCUUCAUCCAGCGCAUCCACGCACAAGGUACACGCGUUGAACGGGCAAAUGUUUGCUGCCACUACAAUGUGUCGGUGGCGGAGGUAGGGAGAAUGUUGCGUUUUAACAGGAGUGCAUGGGCCUUCAAUCAACGGAACAUGUGCUGGUGACAUUUUUUUUACGUUCUAACUGCAUUGAUUAUUCAGCAAGGAGUCCUCUAGGUGGCUCAAGUUUGUAAGAAUUGCUGGAUGAGAAAACAAAUGUCAAUGAGAUUUCUUUCAUUAAAAAUGAGCGCGUCUGGCAAGGUAGCACCACGUCAUCGAAAUUGGCGUAUUGGAACAUGGCUCAUGUUAUUGCCGAAUCGCUAAGGCGCGUAAUUUUCCCACAUUUUUGCGCGGUACCAGAAAAAGAUGUAAAAAAGGUGGAAGAGCGGGCUGUUAUUGAAAUAUGUACCUUCUGCCAAAAGCAAAACCCGGCAUGUACGCGUGUUAAACAUUUUUACGUCAUUCAGUUCAUUUCUUCCUUUUUGUGGGAUCAUCUGGGUAAUGAUGAUGGUUUAUUUCUCCACACUUGACAAAUAGUAGACGGCAGUAAUAUGGCAAAACAAUGUACAUAGGCAGUAGCACAGUGAUCGAUUGAGUAUCGAUUUGUUAUGAUUCUAUAAUUUCGCACGAAACACAUUUGCCGUCAGCAAACCAGAAACCAAAGCAGCGGCCGAUACCUAGCUCUUGUUUUGCGAGUCCAUUCGCGUCGGCAUUGUUCGCCGUUGGAAGUACCGAAAGCCGAAGGGAAGACAACUCUCAGCAGUAGCAAAGCGUUUCACUCUCCAAAACGUUUUGCUAGUGUUUCGAGUUGUUUUUUAAUAAAUUGUAUUAGCUGUGGAGUAGGAAAAGUCAAAUAGGAAUCCCAAUAGCUCCUACGACGGCGAAUCACCGUUAACUCGCUGCUAUUGCGUCCCUUAUUUGGCUUGUGGGAGAUGAUGAGCUGUUCGGUGUGUUGAACCUUGUGUCAUAAUACCACGUACCUCGAUGAGACUUGUCUGGAGAUGUGAUUGGUAGUGCGGCUAUUUGGCGAACAAUGACUCGAAUGGAUUCCUUAUCUGCUAAACGCGGUGGCAGGGCAAACGAUUUUCGCGUAAAUGUUUCUUUCUUUGGUUUGCUCGGUGUAAGUUAGUUUCUCGUCUGCUCUUUUCUAAAUACUUUACUUUAUUUUAAAAGAAACAAAUCAUUUGUAGGGACUCUUUUGAAUAAAAUUACUUUUUCAACACAUACCCCCCGUCGUUCAAAGGUUAUCAAACACAUGAAUUUGGAGUUUUAGCUUUAGUUUAGGAAUGGGUUGAAGGAUUGCAGGAAGUGGUAAUAGUAGUUGGGGUGUUUUCGGCCAAAAGUAAACGAACUGACCUCUUGGAGGGAGCGGGAGGGAGGGAAGGAGGAUGUGCAGCAUCUCGAGUCAUUCACCACCGCUGUCGCAAAGAUACUAUUAAGCAUGUUAGGUUGUAAUAACCAAAAAGAAGAAGAAGAUAAGCUACGAGCGGAAAAUGUGCAGGAACAGGGUGCAACUUCCUUUGAAUUACUUGUGCAGUGUACCAGAAAUAAUUGGAAAUGUGUUAAUGUUAAGUGACAAAUCGCGUAUGUAAUGGUAGAGAGAUGGAUUGAGUUAUGUUUCUAUUGUUCUGUAAGCGAUUCGCAAAAUAACAACCCAUACGCUCUUGGAUUCACAGCUUUAUGGGUGAAAUGUGGCAGAGACCACACACAGAAGGGUGGACAGCGAUCAGUCACGUUCAACACACGCUGACUACGGUGAGCGCGCUCGGAAACGAUCUAACUGCGUUUUUAUAAAUAAAUGUAUAGUGCAAAACAGAA